UUCUGGUAAACUGCUAAUAUGAGUCUCUGUCCUAAAGUUUCCUAUAUUGUUAGAGAAAGGAAUGUCAGGAAACUUCACCCCUGCUAGACAAUAUCAUCAAGAAUCUCCCAGCUCCAGGCAGUGGAAAUCUUAGAAAUGGAGAACAAAGGUAAACAUUGGGUGGAGAAGUUGUUUUCUCCUCAUUUUAGUGCACAAUAUAUUUUUAGUCAAGUCUAUCAGCCUGAAUCUCUGAUGUUUGAAAAAUUGGCUUUAGCAAGAGCAAAGAGAGUGGAAGAAAUCUACAAUAGAGCAAUUAAAAAAUAUCAAGAAGAAAAAAGGCUCAAAAGGAAAGAAUGUUUUUCCAAACUCAUUGUACAAGAAUAUGAACCAAACAUAGUAAGUGCAAAGAUAAACAUUUCAAAGAAGGAAACAGAAGGGGAUUCUGCCUGCUGUGGAGCUGGUAAUUUAGAUGUUGGGACUGAAGAAAGCUUAAAGAAAACAGAGGGUCAUUGUAUCUGGAAUGCAAAGGAAUUAGCAGAUUUGCGACAAGAAAUGCACAAGAACCAUGUGGAAGAAGUUUCUCUGAAACUUCAGCUGUCCACCUUGAAUGCAGAGUUAGUGGAAUUGAAAGCUAAAUGCAAAAAAAUACAAGUGGACUUUGAAAAUGCUGAACAAGAACUUCUAAACUCCAGAAAAGAGGUUCGCUGCAAAAAUACCCAAUUACAGCAGAUUCAAAAGGACAGCUUAAAAAAAGAUUUUGAGCUUCAAGCCUUAAAACAACAUUUACAUGAAAAAUCAGCAAACAUAAGAAGCUUAAAUGAAGAGCUGCUUCAGGCAAGAAAAGAAAUUCAGAGUUUGGAUCUAAAGAACAAGGAUUUACAACAAGAAGUUAAGAAGUUAAAACGGCAACAUGAUCUUGGAAAUAAGGCCUCCAUAGAAAAGGUGAAACUGCAUUAUGAUUUCAAAAUAAGAAACAUACAAAAAGAACUGGAGGCUGUUAAAAGUGAGCUGAGUGAUGAAAAGCUUUUGCAUGCUAAGACUGUUAAGGCUUUAGAAAUACUUAGGAAACAUUUUUCAGCCCAACCAUUAUCUAAUACAUUUGACAACCUGAGAGUAGAUUUUCUUUAA